ACUUUUAUUGUGAAGUUUGCCGGAAGUUGUCAGGCUGAGCCGGUGCCACGGAGCAAAGUCCCGUAGCUUCGUCCGGUAACGGAAACAAACGGAUUGUAAAGUGUUUAACGUGGUGAGAGCGGCUUAAAGAAGCGACGCGGUCGGAACAGAGACUGACGAUCAGAUUUAAAGUCACAUUCACCGACUGAAGUCCGCGGCUAACGGCUAAUAACUAUGUUGUGACGGGCGCAGUGCUAACGGGAAGCUAACAGGGUUAGCCGCUCAGGUGAAGCUAAAGGUGGAUACAUGGCUGUGAGGCGGAGCACCUGGUGGAGUCAGGCCGGGCGGCUGUAAAGGAUGCUCCAGGUGCCGUACGGCGGCCUGGACCGGGACCGGCCUCUGAUCCGGCUGCCCUUCACCAGCUUCGCCGUGGGGACGGUGCUGCUCCCUCUGACCGGCCUCGUCGCCUGCCUCUUCAUCUCACUCAUGUACAACUUUGAAGACGCCACGUACACACACUGUCGUGUGUCAAACUACCUCCCGUCCAUCAGCGCCGCCAUCAGCCGCGUCCCGGAGCGCUACAUCUGGCGCUGCUGCAUCGGCCUGCACUCGGCGCCGCGUUACCUGGUGUCCGUCGCCUACUUCAGCUUCUACCGCGGCCGCUUCGCCAGGAGGCUGCCGGAGCUGCUGCUGAGCGGGCUGGCUCUCCUCUGCAGCCUCGCCGAGAACAGCGGCCUGCUGCUGCUCACGUACGUGUCGUCCACCGAGACCUACAACGUUCAUAAAAACGGUUUCGUGGUGUUCAUAGGGAGCUCGCUGCUGCACAUGCUCAUUACCUGCUGGCUGUGGCACGUCAUCAGGAGGUCCUACGUGAACCCAGAGGAAGUGACGUCGUAUCGAUGGAAGGUGCGUCUCUUCCUGUUUAACGUCAGCUGUUGUCUGGCUGCAGCGUACUUCUUCAGACGCCACAACAAGUACUGUGAAACUGGAGUCUACACCCUGUUCGCCCUCUUCGAGUACCUGGUGGUCUUCUCCAACAUGGCCUUCCACAUGACCGCCUUCUGGGACUUUGGCAGCAAAGAGGUGAUCGUGGCGACGCCACCUGAGGACAAACGAUACUGAGCAGCAGCUUCACCUGUCGACGACUUUACACUAAGGUGACGACAGAUCCACCUGUGAGACUCGGGGACUCUGGGUUUUAUCUGAGCACACACCAGCUCUUGAACACUCUGACGGCCUGGAGACGAUAAAACACUGCCACACAUUUCCCUCCUGUUUGUCUGUUUAUGUUGAAUGUUGUCGGACCACAGCAGCAGCACAAAUAAUGAAUCAUGGAUUAAAGAAUAAGAAAUAAAGACGGAGCUUUGGUACAGCUCA